UGCAAGCAGUACGGAGCGUUUGGAAGAAGAGCAAGAUUGAAGAAUUGCAGAGAAAGCUGGACAGCCACCGUCGAGAUCUGACCCAGGGCCUCGUAUAUAGUUUGGGAUGAGUUGGCCCUGUUUUUCUCCAGUCGAAACAAGAAGUCUAACUGAUGUCAUCUAGAGAUCGGCAAUCUACGAUAAACGUACAGCUUCAAGCUUUCAAAGAGGAUAAUAUUCGUAUGGAGCUGAAUCAAACACAGAUGCUAGAUCGGUUGUCGAAAGAAAUAAGCGACAUAGCGGUGGAUGCAACGCAAGCUCAAGCUGCAUUGACGCGAGAAGGAUCAGCCAUCAAGGCAGAAGACCUGAAAGCCAUCGGAGACGCCCUGACGAGUUUGGUCAACGAAGGUCGGUACCUGACCAAAUCUCAAAAGGUCUUGUCUAGCUUGUACUUCAAAUCCAUGAAGACACGGCAUUCAAACGUUGCUCCAGCACACGCGCAAACGUUUGACUGGGUCUUUAGACCGACAUCGGAAAAGUCUCGGCAUUCUCGACCCCCAGUUCACUUUCUCGACUGGCUUACACACAGGAAUGGCAUAUUCUGGGUUUCGGGCAAGCCGUGUUCCAGGAAAUUGAGCUCUUGGACAUGGUGCGCUAUCUCCUUGGAUCGGGCGCAGAUCCCAACGAGAUGUAUGGGGACUGCUCAAUAUGAGGUCGUUUCCUGCAUCAGAUUUCGUUGAAGCCUUUUGGCCGAUGUCGCGCCCCGAGCGCGCUGCAUCGACACCGCCUCAUGAAGCUUUUA